GAAAUGAGGUUAACCUUGAACAAUAAUACAAGCAUCUCAGCGCCAGCAGCUACAACUACUACAACCAAUAGUGGUGGUGGCGUGAAUGGCUCAACAACUACAAGAACUGUUACCACAUCAACAUCAAAUACGUCGAAUUCUACUAGCUCACCCUCGCAAUUCUCGUCGACUCUGUUACAGCAGUUGUCGCGCUCAAAUACCUUUCAAACUUUCAUUCAAUCAUUAAAUAAUAAUAGUUCGACAAGUCGUAGUAACGACAGCUUUGACGAAUUUUUUAAUUCGAGGAUCUUGCCGCACUCUACCUCUAAUCGACAGACGUCGCCAAACCGUGGAGGUUCUCUAUCGUUGCAUAGACGAAGCUCUAUGCGCGAUCAUAGAGUGAUGAAAAGAAAGUGGCGAAAUACACAUACUACUACUGGCGAGUUUCCAUUAUCUUUUGAUAUUGUGUAUUGUGAUGGUGGCUAUUAUAGUGAUUCCUAUAAUGUCGAAAACAUACUGAGGAAUGAUAAUAAUGUAUAUUGUUCCUCGAAAAGUACCAACAUCAACAUUAUCUUGAGAUUUCACGAUCAUAAUCAAGAUGUCAUGGAUGCACCAUUUGUCUUGACGAAGAUCAUUGUAAAAGCACCGACACAAGGAUACACAGCACCAUGUAAAGAAGGUUUAAUAUUUGUCUCGCAUGAACCAAUAUCACUAGAAGCUACUUCAAAGUAUGAUGAUUUUACAGAGUCUGAUUUUCAGGCUCUAUUAGCGAGUGGGGUAAAUGGAAGGAUUGAAGAUCAUUGGCCCGCUGCAUACUUUCGACUUGAUUCACGAACAAAUUUUAUCACUCAAAAUAUUAAUCCAAAUCGUUCUGGAAAAUUUAUUUUGGUAAAGUUGCUUCGGUCUGAAGGUGAUGAGGAUAACAUUGAUCUUCAGUAUUUGGGAUUAAUUGGGUUCACUGGACCAAGAUCAUUUGAUGCUGGUUCCUUGAGGUGA